UCCCGCCAGUGCCAGCCACAGAUAUUUCGACGCUGCGCCGGUAUUCUAGGGCAGGCGAGCUGCCGAGAUCGAUCCCAUGGCCGCCCUCAUCACGGCAAGGAGAUCUAGCCGCCUCCUAGGAAUCCACGCUGGGCGCGCCCUAUCGCAAUCGGCGCUGGAGCUCGAUUCUUCCUCCUACAUUCCAGUGGUUCGCCGUGUGGUGGAGGAGCAGCACAAGGAAGACGCGGCAGCUGUGGUGAGCACUGCUCGGAGCUUGCAAUGGGUGUUCUUGGGCUGCCCUGGCGUUGGUAAGGGAACCUAUGCCAGCCGCCUGGCAACCACAUUAGCAGUGCCUCACAUUGCUAUGGGCGACUUGGUCAGGCAGGAGCUCAAGCAAUCCACUCCUCUCGCUAGAGAGAUGUCCGCGUUGAUGGCCCAAGGGAAGUUGCUGCCGGACGAGAUUAUUCUUGCCAUGUUAAAGAACCGGUUUGAGCAAGGGGCUUUGAGCAACGAGGCGGGAUUUAUUUUGGAUGGAUUUCCUCGUACCACAAUCCAAGCGAAAGCUUUAGACGACAUUGUCGAAAUCGAUUUGGUGGUAAACUUGAAGCUCCGAGAGGAUGUUCUCGUGCUCAAGUGCUUGGGGAGGAGAAUUUGCAGCCACUGCGGUGGCACUUACAACGUCGCCAAGAUCGACGUUGAGCAGUCGGAGGACUCUCCCAGAGUGUUUAUGCCACCUUUGUUGCCACCUCCGGCGUGCGCCGCAACUCUCACGGUCAGAACAGACGAUACUGAAGAAGUAGUGCGAGAGCGAUUGCGUAUAUAUGCGGCAGAGUCCAAACCAGUAGAAGAUUACUAUCGCGAGCGAAACAAACUCCAGGACUUUGAUGUGUGUGGAGGAAUUCCCGAGACCUGGCCCAGGCUCUUGGCUGCGCUAAACGUAGAAAACAAGGGAAUGGUACCAUAGCCGCAGCAAGGUUCGCGAUUCCACCAUCUCCGGAUGACAAAAACAGAUUUUUGCAGUGGAUUCCACAGGUAAGUUCUCAAGAACAUACUCACGCAGGCUUGAAUUGAGAGACAGACGAUGAGACAUGAGAUUAUUUUAUUUGUUUAGCCUCUUCUCUUUGCAGGGAGGUAGAAAUAAUUUAUCCGGGCAAACAGCCAGCAGCUACGGCAUCCCAGCUAGAAAAAAAAGGAAAAAAAGGUGCUGGGAUCCCGAAUAAAAAUUUCGUAUGUUCAACCGAA